UGAAGGGAACGGGUAUGAAAUGCUUAACUCAACAGGGAGCAUAGACAAGGAAUCUGAUGUUGGAAGCAAGCAGCUGGAGUUGGCUCAACUUAAGAUAGAUGAUAUCAAAGAAAAAAGAUCACGACUCCUCUUAGAAAUCAGCGAACAUAAGCAGAUCCUUGAGCAGGAUAGGAACAUAACCCGUAGCUUUCCUGCUGCAGUACAGCAGAUGGAUAUGAAGUCCUUGGAGGAGGAAUACAAAGCCCUACAAUGUGAUAAAGCUGGAGAAAUUGAGUACUUGCAGUCUCUUGAAGAACGAAUCAACGGAAUGAAGGGAGUUUCUGAUCCUAUCAAAUGCUGCUGCGGACUGGAGUACACGGUAGAACUAUAG